UUUGCUGGGACACUGUUGCUACCUCUUGACCUUUCGUCCAAAUGAAAAGAGCAGCAGCCCGACCUUUUACCAAGAUGGCAUUUGUAACAGCUUCCCAGCCAGGAGAGAGUGCAGCUGUGCCACGCAGGACACAGCGCAGCGUGAAAGCAGAGUAGACACACGCGUCCCUCCAGUCCACGGAAGCCAUGACGAAAACAAGCACUUGCGUGUACCACUUCCUUGUUCUGAACUGGUACAUUUUCCUCAAUUAUUACAUCCCACAUAUUGGAAAGGAUGAAGAGAAGCUAAAAGAAUUCCAUGACGGUGGUCGAUCCAAGUACUUGACGCUUCUUAAUCUGCUCUUGCAGGCCAUUUUCUUUGGGGUCGCCUGCCUGGAUGAUGUGCUGAAAAGAGUCAUCGGAAAGAAAGAUAUCAAGUUCAUCACAUCCUUCAGAGAUCUGCUUUUUACCACACUGGCUUUUCCUAUAUCCACAUUUGUAUUCUUGGUAUUCUGGGCCCUCUUUCACUAUGACCGGAACCUCGUUUACCCCCAAGGCUUGGACGAUUUCUUUCCAGCAUGGGUUAAUCACGCGAUGCAUACCUCCAUAUUUCCCUUUUCACUGGUUGAAACCAUUCUCAGACCACACCACUAUCCAUCGAAGAAGCUAGGACUCGCUUUGCUGGGUGCUUGUAACUUUGCCUACAUUAUCAGGAUCCUGUGGCGCUACAUUCAGACUGGAAACUGGGUGUACCCCGUGUUUGCCUCCCUCAGUCCACUGGGUAUUAUUCUCUUCUUCUCAGCCACUUACGUCCUAAGCGCCGGCAUCUACCUGUUUGGAGAGAAGAUCAAUCACUGGAAAUGGGGUGCCAUAGCGAAGCCACGGAGGAAGAAGAAUUGACUCCACACUAUUUUCCAAGAGCCAUGGAAGAAGAAACUUAAGAACUGGUCAUCUUUCUAUUAUUCUCAUUAUUAUUAUUAUUAUUAUUAGAUUGGGGGUAGAAUUGCUUGGGGAGAUAGAAAGGACAGAGAAUGUUGCAUAGUUUUAAUAAAGAGUAUGAAGGAAGCUUCGCCUGAAAUCUCUCAGUUUUCUGAAAGACUGACAGUUAAUUCCUGACAUUUCAGAAUCUAUUACUUUGGUCUGACCUCCAUGGAGGAUUUUGUUUCUGACCAAAAAGGCUAAAACAAGCUUGUCUAAACUUAAUGCUAGGCCAUUUAGAGAAUGGGUGUGGGGACAGGAACGUAGAGACAUAAAAUCUCUUCACUUUCAAAGGCCACAGGGAAGACCCAGAUGGCAUGUUGCAUAUGACAAAAAUCACUGCUAAGCUGGAGUCUCAGUGCACACAGAGCAUUCCCAGUGUGCUGGGGGCUAAAUCAGGAAGAUCAUGAAUUCAAGGUCGGCCUGUCCUGCAGAGUAAGACCACGUCUUUAGAAGACCAAAAAUAAUUAUUAAAAAAGUUGUCACAAUGAAGACAAUGGCUUCUUCUUCCAGAUCUCCCAAUACCCAAUACUUAGCUAUUUUUCAAUAAUACCCACUUCUCUAAAAAAGUAUGUAUUUUUAAUAAACUAAAUAAUCAUUGUUUCCAGUGAUUUAUGACCUAUUUCCCCUUGAUUUAGGAGUGUGCAGAAAUAUAACCUAAUGGCAGCUAACUUUAUAAUAACAACUAAUAACAAAUGGCAGCAAACUUGCUGGGGCAGUAAGAAUAAUUUAUAAUAAGUGGUGGGAUGUCCACCCCUCUUCAGAGCAAACAUUUGGGGUGGGAAUUAACAAUUAAUGUGGAACAUUAGGGGCUGUCAAAUGGAUCUUCCAUGUGGAUGCUAGUGGGAAGAGAGGCAUAGAUAAGUCAUUGGGAAGUCAAUGUGUAUACCAUAAGCAAACAAGAUUUUAGCUGGGAAAACGGGUUACUGUGAAGGGGCUGAGGUUGCUUCUAUACAAGUUCCUUGGCUGAUCAGGUGACUCACAAGAGCUCGUGAACCCUUUCAUUUCCCUGGCUGAUUUUAGGUCCAGCUAUGUCAUUGCUGUAGAGUUGUUUUAUGUAGAACAGAGUCUUGUAAAGAUAAUUCCUUUUAGAAGUACAUCUUGGCCGGGCAGUGGUGGCGCAUGCCUUUAAUCCCCGCACUUGUGAGGCAGAGGCAGGUGGAUUUCUGAGGUCAAGAUCAGCCUGGUCUACAGAGUGA